AUGAAUAUUUUAUGUUUACUAAUAAUUUUAAUCACUUUGAAUCGUUCAUCAUCGAUGCCAUUAUUACUCAUCGAUUUAUCCCAUACCCUUGAUCCAACAAUUCCAUUUUAUCCAUCACAAACACGCUUUAAUUUUACACAACGCACAGCAGAAUGGACGAGUGGUGACAAUUCAUUUUUUUAUUCAUCAAAUUCAUUCAUAACCAGUGAACAUAUUGGUACACACAUAGACGCGCCCUAUCAUUUUUAUCUAACUGGUUGGAAAGUAGAUGAAAUUCCAUUGAAACAUUUAAUAUCAGUGCAUGCUCGUCUAAUUGAUGUAUCAAAGCAAUGUCAGAAAAAUAAAAAUUAUCUUAUAACAAUUGAUGACGUUAAAAAGACUGAUUUAUAUAUUCCAGAAAUAGAUGAAGAUACUGGCGAUGAUUUUUUCUUCGUACUGAUCUUCUAUACUGGUUGGACAAAAUAUUGGCCUGAUCAAAACACAUAUGCUGGUGAAAACUCAAAUAUUGAGUUUCCCGGUCUUAGUGAACAAUUAGCUACAUACUUAGUUGAUGCAUAUGGAAAAAACCUUGUUGGUGUUGGUAUCGAUACUCUUUCAACUGAUUAUGGUCUCUCGAAAACUUAUCCAGUUCAUCAGAUACUUGCAAAAAACAACAAAUAUGGAUUGGAAAACGUUGCUUUAGUUGAUAGUUUACUUCAAAAUAUUGAUGAUAACUUUUUUACGUUAGAUAUAAUUCCGAUGAAAAUCGGUAAUGGUACAGGCGCACCAUGUCGUAUAAUAGCUCGUAUUGAUAAUUCAAGAAGAAAUUCUGUAAACUGUUGUCUACGAUUUAAAGUAUAA